AUGGCAGAGAGUCUUCGGACUCGGAGCGCUGCGGCUCCGGUCCGAUCCAACUGGCGGAGGGCCUUGGCGAACUUGGUGGUGGCCGAGGCGGCGGUCCUGCACCUGGACCUUUCGACGUGGAAUUCGGUGCUCGUCGCCUGUGCGAGGGAGGGCCAAUGGCAGGCGGCACUGGCGCUGCUCCAAAGACUCCGAGCAGAAACUGGAGGAUGCAAUGGCCACUCGCAGAGUGCCGUGCUCAGUGCAUGCGGCAGGGGUGGCCGCUGGGAGGUGGCCCUUGAUUUACUUUCGCAGUUCCAGGCCGAGCGCAUGGAGGUCGGCCUAGUCGUCUACAACGCGGCCAUCGCCGCCUGCAAGCGUGCCGGGCAGUGGCAGCUGGCUCUCUCGGCUUUGCGGACGAUGCAAUCUUUCAGCUUGAUCCCGGAUGUCGUCACUUGGUCUUCUAUUAUCGGCGCCUGUGAGAAAGGUGGACAUUGGGGCUGGUCCCUCUUUCUCUUCGAUGCGAUGAUGCACCAGGAGCUGGAACCCAACACCAUCACCAAAACCUCCACCAUCAGCGCCUGUGCCCUGGGAAUUCAGUGGGCCAGGGCGCUGGAGCUCAUCGAGAGCAAUCUCAUCUCCUGCAAUGCCGCAGCUGGGGCGUGCGGCAAGGCCUCCCGGUGGCGAAGCGCACUUGGUGUAUUUCGCUGCCAGGAGCGCAGCUUUGAGCGUGAUGCGGCCAGCUACAGCAUUGCCUGCGGUGCUCUGGGCGAGGCCUCGCAGUGGCCCCAGGCCGCAGAGGCAUUCCGGGAGCUGGGCGUCAUGCGCAUUUCCUGUGACGCCGUCGCCGCGACGGCAGCCCUGGGUUCUUUGGUGAAGUCGUGGCUCUGGAGACGCAGCCUUUGCCUACUUUGUGAGCUUCAGCGGACUGGGGUGCAGCGGAACACGAUGGCGGUGAAUGCCGCCCUCAGCACAGCCGGCAAGGCAGCGAGCUGGCUCACAGCGGUGGGGCUGCUUCUCCAAAUGGAAUCCGAGCUCCUGCAGAAGUCUUCAAUCACAGACGGCGCCGCUUUGUCCGCCUUCGUCUUUGCUCGAAGUUGGCGCCGGGCCUUGUGCCAGAUGGAGGACCUAAGGCAGCCCAGUGGCUCGCUUCAAAGCCUCGGCCUCGCAGCGUUGGCCGCCGGCGGGCGCUGGGCGCAGGCGCUGGCAAUGCUGGUGGAGGUUCUUGCGCUUCGCCUGGAGGUGGAUGUUCGCCUCUUCAACGAAGUCAUUGGCGCCUGCGGCCGCCAUGGCCACUGGGAGGCUGCGCUUGCGGUGCUAGCGAUGUUGCCUACACGGAGCUUGGCAGGGACCGUGGUCUCUUUCACCGCAGCAAUCGACGCUUGUGCCCUGGCAGGCCAGUGGCAGCAGGCUGCGGCGCUCCUGGAGUCCAUGGCGAAGUCUGCGGCAGAGGCGAACGUCAUCACUUUCAAUGCUCUCAUUGGAGUCUGUGGCCAAGGCGGCGCAUGGAGCCGAGCGCUCGAUCUCCUCAACGAAAUGCAGGUGGUGGCGGUGCGGCAAGAUCACAUCAGCACCGGGGCCUGUGUGAAUGCAGCAGCGCGUGCUUGGAUGUGGGGAGAGGCGACGGAGCUUAUUGCGUCGCUCCCCUCGCAGCAGCUGCGCAGCGAUGUCGUCAUCCACAGUGCUGCCGUUUGCGCCUGUGGCGAGGCCGAGCGAUGGCGACAGGCCAUGGAACUUUUCGGCACCUUGAGGCCAUCUGCCCUUCGAGUGGAUGGCUCCGCCCAGACGGCUGCCAUCUCUGCCUGUGCAGAGGUUGGCCAGUGGCAGCGUGCUGCCCAGCUCCAGUGGUGUGGGCCGGCGGAGCCAGGCGAUGUGACCAUCUUCGGUGCAACCUUGUCUGCAGCGGCUGCUUCUUGGCCACAGGCUCUGACUAUACAGGUGUCACUGCAGGACGCUGGCUUACAGGGCAACGCCAUCACUUUCAAUUCCCUGGCGCAGGCCUUCCAGUUCGGCAUGCAGUGGCAGCGGGCCGUCAUGCUGCAGGAAUGCUGGGUCACGCCGGAGGGCGAUCCAUUGGCUUACAGCACCCUUUUCCAGGCAUGUGCUUUGGCGGCGGCCUGUCCUCCAAUGCCAGCCCUGGGCUCUCGCCUCCGCCACGCGCUGUUUUUGGCGCUUGCGGCCCUGUGA